CCAGCUGUGGAUUAUUUUCCUUUACAAGCACUCCCCGUUGUGUUUUCCUCCUUACCGAAUAGCCUUUUAUUCUGUUUGACUGGUCACUUGAUCUGAGUGGGUUUAAUCAAAACCUCACAAACAUACAUAACUAUUUCAGUUAGUAAUUUGAAUAUUACAUGUUUUAAAUCCUACUCUUGAGCCCUUAACCUUCACCCGUAUCCUCUCUCAAUUCUAAGUUACACUCUUAUGCGAAAUGAAUAAAUAAAAAUGUAAAUAUUCACAUCACAGAUGGUCUCGUGGUCUACUCAUACCGUUUAUCGACGAGCUGCGAAAAAGUACUACAAGUCCCAGAAUUCUUUUGUAGCGAAACGACUACUCUGAUUGGCUGGUUUGCGGUAACACAGGAAGUGAAGACGGACAAUAUGAAGCCGCUUUGUAUCUAGGAACAAAUAUAACUAAUAUAACGGGCUUUAUCUGGCUCGUUGUAAAGGUUUUUUUUUGUUUGUUUUUUGUUUUUUUUUUAACUGACAAAUCAAAUUCAGCCUAAUUUCACCGGCGUCACAGACUAAUCUGCUAAAACGGAAGCAGUAUUAGCUUGUUUGGCUAACAGUUUGUUGUGUAAUACACGCAGUACAGGUGAGUUAUGGGCGGGGCGCUGGUGCUGGGAGUGGGGACAGGUGUCUUCCUCAUCGCCCUCAUGUGGAUAGGCACGCUGGUCCUUAGUCUCAUCAUGUCCCGUGCUGCUGGUCCAACCAAGCUUGGGAUCAUUCCCUUGGUGCUGUUGGCUCUAACCAUCACCUUGAUCCUUGUGUUCUUCCCUCGUGCCUCUGAAUUACCAUCUCCUGUUAAAGAAACACAGAUAGUGGACACCUUCUUCAUUGGCCGCUAUGUGCUCCUGGCGGUAGUGAGUGUGGUCUUCCUGGUGUCUCUAUUUAUCCUCCUACCCUUCCACUUCCUGGAGCCGGUAUACGCCAAGCCCCUGAGAGCCCACUAGACCAGGCCUUGGCACAUGCCAGUUCCCUAAUGGACCAUCCAGCAUCAAUGACGCUGACUUCAGAUGAGAGGUUCCUACAAAGAGGCUCCAGUGUUUUUGUCUGCUGGCCAAAUCAGAUGUUCUGGCCUCUCUCUGACUGUAAAAUAAAAAAGAGGACUAUCUCAUAGAUAGCACUGCUACCAUAAAGGCAGAGAUGCACUUGAUUCACUGUAUCUCCAGUUUAAUGACUUCAGUAACUGUAUUGAAUUGAAAAGGCUUUGGACUGAUUGGGAAGUUGUUCAAAUCCCAACACCACAAGUUGCGUCCUUGAACGAGACUCUUAAACCUCGACUGCUUUGGUGUGUUCUGUCUCAGUUGUACCUCUCUUUGGAUAAAUGAGAACUGGAAAUGUAGCAGUGUUUCUCAAUUUUGUACUUGCUGGUUGUAUUUUUAAAUAAUACACUCUUUUUUUGCUGAUAUCUCUUAACUAAGUGGUGCAUGAUGUAGUUAAGAACUGAUGCCACUCUAUUAAAUGGUGACCUACUACCCCUUAUUGUCCAUACAGACAACGCAAACCAGACAUUUCAUCAGUUCUGCACCAUUUUGACAUGCUAAUUUGGCUCACUAGAAGCGUUCUUUAAAAGACCGUCUCUUUACACAAUGUGACAAAAGCGCUAGGAGCAGAAUUGUGUGCUUCAGCAGAACGUCAAGCUGCGCAAGUUGAUUAUUUGGAUUGUAACAAGGAAAUGCUCUGUGUGGGUUUUUGUUAUAAAGUUCAGAAAGCUUUAAGAGGGAUGGACAUCAUUAUAGAGCUUAAUUCAUGUGAAUGUUUAUGUGUAUACUGUGCACACUGAAUACAUUACCAAGCUUGCUUAGGUCUAGUGUUUGCAUCUAAUAAAAGACAGUUUGUUUAGACUCUGUAAACAAUUUGGUUGGUCCACAUCUUUUGAGACACUAACUCAGCCUCCAUUCAUUCUACAUGGUUCUAACCGCCUGAAGCAGUAUUGGCAGAUUUUCCAGAGAUUUUCUUUAGUCGGUAAACAACUCUCGCAUCUUCUUAGCGCCUUUAAAUGUUAUUUACUAACUAACUGGGAAUGAGAAAUUUAAUAAAUAAAAGUCCUACUGAUUGCACCUUUAAAGGAAAAUUGCUAUGCACCCCAUUAUGAAAUGUUAUUGCAGUUAUAAUGGAACAGUUUUCAAUAGAUGUUUUUCAGAUCCCCCCACUCAAUGAGUUUGUGUUUUUAGAAUGAGGGCUCACCAGGAAAAUGCUUUUUAUACCUACCUAAUCAUGUCUUCAUGUACCAUCUUUGCCAGAUAUCACCCUCUAUAACAGACCUGUGCCUAUGUGUGACAAUGCAGCUGAUGGGAAGGGAUAGAAAUGUAAUAUUUGA